AUGUCCAAGGCAAGCCAACCAGAGCUGAAAAAGUUUAUGGACAAAAGAUUGUUCGUCCAUCUCCAAGGCGGCCGUAACGUGAGCGGAACGUUACGAGGAUACGAUCUUUUCUUGAACUUGGUCAUCGAUGAUGCACUGGAAGAAACGACUCCUGGUCAAAAACAUCCCAUUGGCACCGUUUGUUACGUCGAUGGAAAUAUUGGAGAUGAUAAGAUAGCAGAGGAGAUGUAUGAUAUAUAUAUGCGUAUGGGAGAGCCGACUUGUCACGACGGGACGGUCGCUGAAAUGCGCAGAUGCCUUUCAGCUGGCUCCUCCAUUCUUUCCUCGUAUCGCGGUCAUAGCGCAGGCCAUUCGUCCCGUCGACGAUACGUAACCGUCGCUGCCAAUGAUGUCCAUGACCACAACCUGAAGGAACAACCGACAUCCUUCCACGAGAAAGAGAAGCUGGACAGGCUCUGGCUCAAUCUUGAGCACAACAAAAAUCCGACUCGUACUUGGGAGACAUAUCUACGCGCCGUUAACCAACUAGGAACCACCAACAUCCCCCUUCAUUUCCACCAGAGAGCCUUGCGCGCCUGCACGGUGCCCACGGAGAAGCUUCGCAGUGCAGCGGACCGUCGGAUUGCCACCAAGCACCCCCCAGCACCUCACACCUAUGAGGUUCGGUUCCAGUUGAUCCUAGGCAACAUCCGUACCCUCGGACAGAAACCAGACUUGGAGGAUUAUAACUUUCUUUUGGAACAGUUUGCCGCAGCUGCUCAUCCUGUCGCGGCACUAAACACGUUGAAGGAGAUGGUUUUAUUUGGCGUUAUCCCCCGGUCCAAGACUUAUGAUGAAGGAAAUACUGGACGUUAUGCGAAUCAUGGGAAAGCCUCUCACAGCUGUCAAUUUUGGCUUGACCCUUCGCAUUAUGACCAAGACAACUUCCGUGGACACGGUCAAUUGGGCUUGGCUGGAUCGCCGCCUGCUUUACCCGAGCCCGUCAAUUUCACCACUGCCGCGCUCAACAACAUCGUCGACAUGGUUGGCCAAACGGGAAACGUGUCCAAGCUCGUCCAGGCUUUCGAGGUGCUUACCGUACCAAUCCCUAAGAGUGCCCAGUUCAUGGCUUCUAGUUUCGAUGACGACGAUGACUGGGGUGUUUCAACACCGUCCCCAGAAUCAUCGUACCAUUACCCUCACGCGUCCCCAAACACGACCACUUACAACCUCCUCAUACGUCACGCUAUCCACUUGGAGCGAGAAGUCGCCCAUCAGACACGCAUAGAAGUCCUGACCAAACCCUUAAACCAAGCACGAGCUCCCCAUUUCGCCAUCAACAAGGGAACCAUCCUCCCCGUGUUUGGCUUGAGCAACCGCGACAAAAACGUGGGACUCAUGCGGUGGGUCCACUCAAAGAUGCCUAAUCUUCUCAAACGGAAACGCGCCGAACUCACCUUCUUCAAUAACUUCCGACGCGGCAAGAUCGCCAAAAACCAGUGGCCGAUAAUCGCUACUGGUCCCUCUAAUACGUCCACAUCUUCUUCAAAGCAGGACUCAUCGCCCAAUCUCUUCACUCGCGUCAAGUCAGCACUAGCGAAACCCCCUGCCAUCCAACCCACACCCGUCAAAUACAUCGACCUCGAUCUCUACAUCCGGAUACUGCAACGCGACAUCAAAGAGAUCGACGAGCUCCGCGCACACAUCGAGAUCAUCCUCGCCCGAACGAUACAGCGCGUCAAGGAACGCCUGGGUCGGCGUGUCUGGAAGGGGAAGAACAUCUACACCCUGACCGGACGGCGGAGGGACAACGUGACGAGGGAUGAGUGGCGGGGUAUAGCCAACUUCAAGCCAAAGGUGGAGGAUGACGAGCGGUAUGUCCCCGGGAGGGUGAAUAUGAGGAGGUUGAAGGAGAUUACGUGGAAUAGGAAGACGCUGAGGAAGUUUGUGGAGAAUCGGCGGAGGCGGGGGAAGUAUGUUCCUCUGAAGGGUCAGUUGAAGCAGAAGAUAUCGCGCCGAGAUAGUGGUGGCGCUGCUAUGGUGGCUCAAGGCUCCGUCGUUCAGCCAGUGUUUGUUCUGAAAGUAGGACGGUCCUUGUUCAUACGCCUCAUAGUUGAAGCAAACGGGGAAGGUGGAGCUGGAGCUGUAGGGAUCGAUAUCGAGGAACUGACGCGUACAAAAAGCCCAGUUUCCUGUGUAGCGUAAAGAGUAAUAUCAGAAAUUCUUUAUUAACUACUACGGGGAACACUUCUGGCGUUGAUUGUUUUUCGUGUCGACAUACGAAACUUUGAAUGCUCGAUCCAACAGCAGCAGGUUGAAAUAUGCUUCGCAACAUCUCGUUGAAGAUAAUGUUUCAUAGUACACUAAUAAUACAAAAUACAAAAAACAUUCAAGCUUUAAUGUUAAAAGCAGCGCUACGCCAUCCCUUCGUCUUCUUCUCCUGCGC